GGAGGAAUGAAGUCUGUGAUGGUCGCCCGAAGAGGCCGAUCCCCUGAGCCAAAUGUUUUCCUUGACAAAGUUUCAGCAGCUCAAUCUGCUGGUGCUUCUAUCCAGAAUUUCACCAUUGAUUCCUCCACUGCUGGCGCUCUCCAGUGUAUGUCAAAUAUCUCGAUUCGGGCUUCUACUAAACGGUGGGGAGAUGAAGAUGUGGAUGAUUUUAGUGUUCCUCUUCAGGAGGAUGGCUUCUCUUUCGGUUCUCAAUGAAUAUCUUAGCAUGGAAUAUUAGAGGCAUCUCUUCCUCUAUGGCUCUUCUUUCACACUACUGCAACCUUUAUCAACCGUGUUUUCUUGGUAUUUUCGAGCCUAAGACACGGUUCUCUGGGAUCCCAAGUUCUUUUUGGCGUUCUUUACAUCUCGCUCCGGUGCAUCAAAAUUCACGGGACAGACGGCGCUCCAAUAUUUGGGUGUUUGCUGACCCCGCUUUAGUGCCGACGGUUGUUUUUUCCUCUGCUCAGGUGGUGGUCAUUCAGUGUACUAUUAUGGGGAUUGAUUGCACUCUGGCUUUCACUCAUGCUUCUUGUAACUAUGUUGAGCGUCGCCAGCUUUGGUUAGAUAUGAUUCCUUUUAUUGUGGGUCAUUUCCUUAUAAUUGGGGAUUUUAAUGCUAUCUUAGGGGCCCAUGAGCGGAGGGGAAGACGUGUCCCUGCUUCUACCCCUUGUACUGAGUUCAGGGCCUUCAUUGAUGAACAUAACUUGAUCCAGCCGGACUCUUCGGGUCCGUUUUUCACAUGGACUGACCGUCGGAGAUUUCCUUCCCCGAUUGAAUCGGUCCUGGACCGUGCUCUUUUCUCUCAAGCUUUCGAAGAUAUGUGGUACUCUAUCAAUUCGAUGGUUCUUCCUAGACUUGGAUCCGAUCACUCCCCCAUUCUGUUGAAAUGCCAGGACACGGCUACUCCCCCCAAGGGUCGUCGAUUUCGUUUCCUUAAUAUGUGGUGCUUACAUGAGGGAUUUCUGGAUCAGGUCCGUGCUUCUUGGUCCCAACCGCUGGAUUGUCUCUGCCCGAUGGUUCGGGUUAUGAAAAAGCUGAAACGUCUUCGCCCGACUCUCAAGACUUGGAAUAAGGACACUUUUGGGAAUUACAAUGUUACCCUCGCCGAUCUUCAGCAGGAUCUGAGUUCACUUCAGGAGAAUAUUGACGAACGAGGGUAUACAGAUGAGCUCUUUGAUCAAGAGGUUAACUUGCAAGCUCGCAUUGGAUCGGUCCUUCUGCGUAAGUCUGAGCAUCUGCGGCAGCAAAGUAGGGUCUCUUGGCUUUCUGAUGGAGAUAGGAACACUCGCUUCUUCCAUUCUAUGGUUAAGUGGCGUCGUUCCAAUCAAAAUAUUAAGAAGCUUAAUAUUGAUGGGGUUAUCUCGGAGGACCCGGGUGUCAUGGCGGCCCAUGUGAUUCAUUUUUAUGAGGAUCUCUUUUCGGAGCCGAUUUCUCCGCCGGUGGAUAGAUCUUGGAUUUCCGGUUACAUUCCAGCUUCAGUCUCCCCUGCCCAGUCUGACAUGCUCGUUGCUACUCCCUCUGCUGAGGAUAUUCGGCUGACUGUCUUCUCCAUGGAUAUGAAUAGUGCCCCUGGACCAGACGGGUUUAACGGCGCUUUCUUUAAGCAUUCGUGGGAGGUGGUUGGGGAGGACCUUAUUGCUGCCGUUCGUCGGUUCUUCACUCAUAGCUAUCUUCCCCAGGGCCUUAAUUCCAACUUGCUUUGCCUUCUCCCAAAGAAGACUGAUGCGGUUCUUGUCUCUGACUUCCGACCUAUUGUGUUGGGAAAUUUCCUUUUCAAGGUCAUCACCAAGAUUCUUGCCUCUAGGUUGAACGAGAUAGCUGCUGUUAUUGUCUCGGCCAAUCAGUUUGGGUUUAUCUCUGGGCGUUCUAUACAGGAAUGUAUUCUGCUGGCCUCUGAAGGAGUGAAUUGCAUGGAGCGCUCAAUUCAAGGGAGGAACAUGGCUCUUAAGGUAGAUAUUCGGAAAGCUUUCGAUACCCUGAAUUGGGAUUUUGUGGAGGUUGUGCUGGAUUGCUUUGGUUUCCUUCAGACUUUCAGACACUGGAUUAGAGUUAUUUUUCAAUCUGCCAGAAUUUCGGUUCUCUUUAAUGGAGAGCAGCAUGGUUACUUUGGUUGCUCUCGAGGGGUUCGUCAGGGAGACCCUUUGUCUCCGAUUCUGUUUGCUUUGGCGGAGGAGGUCCUGAGUAGUAUGCUCUCGGACGCUGCUGAUAGGGGAUUCAUUGCCCGUAUGAGGAUGUCCCGCUCUUUGCUUUUUCCCGCUCAUCUCCUGUAUGCUGAUGAUGUCCUACUUUUUUGUAAAGCUACUUGGCGCAGCUGCAGGAUGAUUGAAUCGAUUCUUCAUAUAUAUGCUUUGGUUUCUGGACAGUUCUGCAAUAAGGCCAAAUCCAAGGUUUUCUUUGGCAAAGGUGUUUCUGUUCAGCUGAGACGUCGACUACAGCGGGAUCUGGGUUUCUCAACUGGUUCCCUUCCUUUUAUCUAUUUGGGAGUCCCCAUUUUUGCUGGUCGUGCUUCUGCUGCCCGUCUUAUCAGCACUCGUGAUCGCAUCAUCGCCCAUUUUCCUAGAUGGCAGGGCAUGCAGUUAUCUAUGGCGGGCCGUCUUUGCCUCGUCACUUCAGUCAUUCAGAGCGCGGCUGUUCACAGUAUGCUGAUAUAUCGUUGGCCAACUAAGCUUCUUCAUGAUUUGGAUAGAGCUUGUCGGUCGUUUAUUUGGACUGGCUGCACUACUUCUAGGCCUAAGUCAUCUGUGGCUUGGAAUCGAGUUUGCGCCCCCAAGACUCAGGGUGGGCUUAAUGUGAAAUCCUUUACACACAUCAGCCAGAGUUUCAUGUUGAGGUUAGGCUGGUUGCUGAUUACUGCGGACUCGAUGGGUUUUCAGUUGUUUCGCCAACGCUAUCUGGAUGCGUGCCUAAGACCUCGCUCCCCUUGGUUCUCUUCUACGAUUUGGUUGGGCACCCGAGCUGCUAUCCAGACUCUCGUCAGCGACACUCAUUGUUCUAUUGGUUCUGGUUCUACUAUUCUUUUUUGGACUGAUAACUGGUUAGGGUAUCGUCUGGUUGAUAGAAUCGGCAUUCCGGAUACUUUUCAUCAUGCUCUUUUGCAGCCGAUCUCGGAUUACUACUUUGAUUAUUCCUGGCACUUUACUUUGAAUUUUUUGCAGAUCUUUCCGGAUAUUGCCUUUGAUAUUGUCUCGGUUCCUAUUAGCGAGGGAGAGGAUCGAAGAGCUUGGACCCAUUCUCAUUUUGGUGAGGUCUCCGCGUCGCUUGCUUCGGAUCAUAUUCGUCCCUGCUUUCCGACCGUUGAUUGGGGUAAGUGGAUCUGGGCUCCGUUUAUCCCAAUGCGGCGUUCCAUUGUCACUUGGCGGGUGAUUCUGGGGCGUCUUGCGACUGCUAGCUCUCUUCGUCGUUCGGGGCUGGUUGGUCCGGGCUGGUGCCCUCUCUGCCGGAAUGCGAAUGAGGAUAUUGAUCAUCUUUUUUGGGACUGUACUUUUGCUCGACAAAUCUGGCGCUCCCUUUUCGGCUGGUUCAGGGUGGAUAGUCCGUUGAUUCACGACAUUGGGAGUCUGCUUCUCUGGGCAAUGAAGGUGCAGACUAGCAAGCAGGUUGUAAAUCUUUGGCGAAUGGGUGUUAUGUCCACAAUUUGGAGCAUCUGGAAUAUUCGUAACAGAGUUGUAUUUGAUGCGGCUUCUGUCUCUGAGAGGGCACUUUCGAUCCAGAUCAAAUCUUUUAUUUUGGAAACUUCCCAAUUAUGUUCUGGUGAGAUGGCUAACUCUGUUGAGGACUUACUGAUUCUUCAUGGUCUUGGGGUGCCAAGCAGACCUCGUCGCCCGACCUCUUUUGUUUAUGUUUUCUGGAUUCCGCCUCCGACUCCUUGGCGCAAAAUCAAUAUUGAUGGCUCGGUUCAUGGAUCCCCUCCUCUGAUUCACGCUGGUGGAGUUAUCAGAGAUUCUUCUAGCGUUCUGGGUUGUUUUCAUUUCUCUGCUGGACGUGGUUGGGCUUUUGAGGCAGAGCUGCUUGCCCUCAUCAUUGCUUUGGAGCAAUCUGUCAAUCAUGGUUGGAGACACGUUUGGAUCGAGACGGACUGCGCUUAUUUGGUGGAUCUUUUCAGUUCUCGGUCAGACACGGUUCCUUGGAGGUUCUUCAGCCGGUGGCGUAAGGUUCUCUCUUCCCUUGCUGGUUUUCAUUUUAUUAUCACUCACAUCUACAGGGAAGGGAACCGGGUUGCGGAUUGUUUGGCUUCUUCUGUAGCGGAGGAAGGCUAUUGGAAUUUUACGAUCCCGGAUAUCCUACAGUUGGUGAAGGAUGACAGGCGGCAACUUCCUUACAUUCGGGUUGUCAAUUGAGGUGUUCUUCUUUCUUGGGUGUUCCUCUCCCCUUUUCUUGCUUGCGUUUUGUUUGUUUCGUUUGUUUGUUAGUGAUUCUGCCUGUCUGGUGUGAUGACUUCUCCCUUUCGCACUUUCUUGCCUCUCUUACUUCUUUGGUCCAGCUUGGUCUCCUUGGGGCACUGGUUUGUGUUUGUUUGGGUUGUUAAUCUGGUUCUUUUGGUCCUGCUGUCCGGGUGUUGGGAAGGUUUCCAAAGUUUGGGUAGUCACACUUGGCGGUCCUUGCUUGUCGUGAUUUGUCCGGUAGAUGCUAGCAGGAGUGUCUUCACUGCGAUAAGCUUAAUAUCUUCUCUGGUUGGUAUUGGAGUUUGCUGCUGGUCUUUGCUCCUCUGAUGGAUCCCUCAUUAUGAGCAUGGGAAAUCACGCGGGAAAACUUGGGUUACCACCAAUGGUUUCAUCCCGUGAUCUUGACCUUGAAAAGCACUUUUUGAGCAUAAGCUUAAUAAGUUUGAGAAUUGAUUAUAAAAGUAAUUGCUUUAGGAGAUUCACUGCUAGCGGAGAACUGGGUCUGAUCGUCUUGUUUGGUCUUCUCGCUGUGAUGUCCCUUGCUUUUGUUCUUCCCUUCAUCUGUGAUGGUUGGAUCUUUUGCUCCUGGGUUUGGUUGGUGCUUGUUUUGAGGUUGUGCCCCUCUGGAGUUCAACCUGUACUGAAGUUUGUUUGGUGGCCAGUUUGUCUUGUUUGGUUGGGUCUUCCCUCGAUGGGCUGGGGCUCGUUUUGUGGUGUUGUCCCCUAUUUUUCCUUUUCUGUGUUUGUUUGCUCUUUUUUGCUGUUUCGGUUUCCUCUUCCGUCGGUUGUUGGUUUUUGGCAGAUCUGCGUUUUUUCCCGUUUGCGCUGAUGCGGCGUCUCCAGUGGUUCCGGAGGUGACCAGAGCAGGGAAGAUUCAUGAUGCGUUCGGUGGGCAUCCUGUGCUGCCCGCUCGGCUUGGUCCGGCCACUGCAGAUUUCUCUGGAUGGCCAGUGCUGCCCCCUCGGGUUUUGUUGUUGACUCUUUUGUGCUUGAGCUGUGUUUCUUCCGGCUUAGGGGGACGACUCGCCGAUGGGUUUUGGUUUGGCCGUAAUCUGUGGCGGCAAAUUUCCCGUCACCCUGAACUGUGGUUUUGUUUUUUGGUUUUUCGUUAGGUCGUGUUGCGCCUUACAUUGGUCCCUUGCUGUACUGCUUUUCGUUACACCGGUUUUGUAACAACUUUUCUUUCUUUCUUUUCAAUAAAAUUUUUAUUUCAGCA